AUGGCUAAGAAUACCACGAAGAAGCGUGCCGCCGGUGGGGUUGCUAGGCGACUCACUGGUCCUCUGGGAUCGCCGGUUGCCUCUCCUCCUCCAGUAAGCCCUGAAGGGGAGGCUGGGGUGGUACAACCAGACGCCCACAGCUCGUGGUGCUUGAUUUGCCGUGAUGGCGCCGAGGGGGACGUUGUACUCUAUGAGUGCAGCACCUGCCCUCGGGUAAUGUGCAGCAGGUGCCUGGACGUUCCGUCCGCCUCUUGCGACCUUGUUGCUCAACCGGACGUUCUUUUUUGGUGCCUUAGCUGUCAUGCUGGGCACACCCUUAAGGCACCUGCGCCUUACUAUGGUUUCUAUAGAGAAAACCUGCCGGCUCAAGGAGGUAAACCUGCCCUGCAGGGUUUCCUCCAACUGAACGGCAGGUUUGAGACUGGAUCCUGCGCGGUGUUGGCCGCUGCGCCCAUCGCCGUCAUCCACUUCAUUGUGGGUGGCAGUAAUGAGGUUGUGACGCCCGUGCCUCUGCUCUCACACUAUCUGGAGCAUUACUUCCCCAACGGCGGGUACAUUUACAUUGAAGUCCCAUUCGACGUCACCACGCACAAGAGCAUCCGCGGAUACACGCGUGCCCAGGACGCACACAUCAUCCAGCUCAAAACUCACCUCACACACAGCGGCCGCAUCUUGGCCUUCUUCUCUGAUCACUCUGAGGAAGAUAGCGGGUGGCUUUUUGCUGGGAAAGAUAAAGGUAAAUUUGUGGCUAUGAGUGUCUCUCAGGUGCUAUCUACUGUCCUAGGGCCCUAUUAUGGGAUCCUCAGCGGCGCCACCAUGAUAUUCCUAGUGUGCGGCUCUGUUGUGGCCCACGACAACGCCUUUAGCGAGCUCCAGGAAGCUCUACUCAACUACGGUGUGGCGUCCGCUAUCAUUUUCACCGCCAAACGUUUUCAACCCCUGGUUGCCACCAACUUUUUGCUCGCUCUAGCGGAGCAAGUGGUAAUUGAGCAGCUCAAUGUCCGCAUCGCAUUCCCCAGGAUUACGCCCAUGCUCCUUGUCACCAAGUUUGCGCGUGCCCACCUGCAGACUCAACCUUGGGGUAUCCCAGUCCCUUCGCAGUGCCCUCUCUGUGGGUCCACUAACAGUUGGUCUGAGAAGGUCACGGUCAAGGUGUCCUAUGAGUCUCUGGACCCCGAUGUUCCAGGCAAGGAUCCUGUGUACAGGUACCUAUAUUCCUGCACUUAUCCUGAGUGUGGUAAGGCUCAGUGCAAGCCUUGCCACAAGUUUCACAUCGAAAAACCACCUGGUUCCAUUCUCAAAGCUGCUAAGACAAAGUCGUCUGGGUGGUUCCAGUCCCCUUCCACAACUUUUCCGGCACUACCUUUCAUUGAGUCGGGCACCCAAGGCAAGCGUCCUAGAAGUUCGGAUGGGGAAGUGUCUGCUAAGAGGAUGAGGGUCUGA